AUGUCCGAUGUUGGUCCAAAAAUCGAUAGUAAUGAAUUCGGGCAGUAUUUUUUAAGUGUCCCGCAAGCUUGUGUUUACUAUCAUCUAUUGCCUCCAAUAGAUGCACUGGAGUACAGAGAUUUCCUCAGGUGUAAUCCUUUCAUUAUGUACAGAAGAUGUUUACAAAAGGCGUCUGGUCUGAGUACGCAAGAGUGCUCGAAAAUUGCAAAGAUAUCUUGGUCUUCUGCUAAUGAUCAAUUAAAAGAGUUUUUCAGGAAUUACGCCAAUGAUGUUUUAAAUAACAGGAAAAAAGUAUAUCGGAUAGUAAACAACAGGAGCAAACCUAAAAAGAGUUCUUUUAGAAGGUUCGUCGUUGAUCAAGAGGUACAUACACGUCAACAUUUGGAAGCUCAGACUGAAUUUCAAAUAUGUUCGAUGAGACCAACAAUAAUGAGAUUUUCAAUCUUUGAUUUCUAAGAAAAAAAAAAAAUGUAUAUGAGAAAAUUUUCUUAUCUAAAAUUAAGUUUUAAUCCCUAUGGACUAUCAUAAAUUAUAAGGAAUUCCAAAACAUUUCGUAGAAUAGUACUGUUCGAAAUAUGAUAUGCAAUGAAAAAUACUUAAAAUAGUAUGCGAUAAAAC